GCCAGUGAGAGCAGCAGCCCUCAGUUGCUCGCCUGUAGCCUGUUCUGACAGCCCCUACCUUUCUCUCUCUCCCAGGUCAGCAGUCGAGUAGCUGGGGCCCCUGAGGGCUUGAAGCCUUCACAGUGAUGGCGGAGAAGCGGCCCCUGGGGACCCUGGGGCCUGUGAUAUAUGGCAAGCUGCCCCGCCUGGAGGCAGACUCUGGACCUGGGCACAGCCUGUCCUCUUCUGUUGGUAACCAGGACCCCUGCAGCUACAAGGGUGCCUACUUCUCCUGCCCUAUGGGGAGUGCUCCCAAGGCAGGGUCUGAGCGGUUGGCAUCUUGGACCCCAUAUCCACCCUUGUACCCCACCAGCAUGGCAGGACCCCCUCUUCGGACAGACAGCCUGUUGACCAGUUGCCUGCUCUACCGCCCAGCAGCAGAAAGCUCCGAGAAGGUGCAGGACCCUGGCCCUGUUGAGCUCCUGCCCUUUGGUCCCCAAUCUCAUUCCUACCCAGGCCCACCGUUGGCAGCACCGAAACCUGUCUACCGCGGCCCUCUGUGUUACGGGCUCUCGGCUUGCCUGGGGGAUGGGGCAGCGAAGAGGCCACUGGAUGUUGACUGGACGAUGGUGCCCGGACCCCUCUUACCCCCGGCUGACCCGUCUUGUUCUCUGACCCCAACUCCUGGCAAGGGCCAGUCCCUAGAUGGCACCUUCUUGCGUGGUGUGCCAGCUGGGGGAUCUGGCAAGAACUCAGUGAGCUUCUCCCCGUGCCAGGCAUUUCUGGAGAAGUAUCAGACCAUCCACAACACAGGCUUGCUGGCCUCCAAAUAUGCAGGUCCUUACCCUGGGGACCCCAAGCAGGCAUUGUCUGACGGACCUCCCAGUCCAUGGACCCAGCUGGCCCAACCGCUGGGGCCAGCCUGCCAGGAUACAGUGCCUACCCACUACCCGCUCCCUCACCCUCCACAGGCCCUGCCUUGCCCACCAGCCUGUCGCCACCCGGAGAAGCAGGGGAGCUACAGCUCAGUGCUUCCCCUACAGCCUCUGGGAGCCCACAAGGGGGCUGGGUACCCAGCUGGUGGGCUGAGCAGCCCCUACCUGAGGCAGCAGGCUGCCCAGGCACCCUAUAUGGCCCCAGUGGGCCUGGACACUUUUUCCUACCCCUCUGCCCCACUCCCCGCACCGUCACCAGGCCUCAAGCUGGACCCACCUCUUGCUCCCCGGUGCCCAAUGGACUUUGCCGCCCAGACACUGGGCUUUCCUUAUGCCCGGGAUGACCUCUCUCUCUAUGGAGCAUCCCCGGGGCUUGGAGGGACGCCACCUUCCCAAAACAGUGUACAGGCUGUGCCUUCCAGUGUGCAGCCCAGUGCCUUCCAGCGAGCAUGCCAGUCCCUGCCUGCCAGCCAGCCCUGCUCAGAGCCCGUGAGGCCUGUGGAGAAGCCAGUCCAGGAGGCAGAGGAGAAGGUGUGGCUGCCCAGCUGCAGGAAAGAGCAGCUCCAGACCCAGCUCGAUGAGCAUUCUGGGGCACCCAUUGUCAUUGGGGAUAGCCCAGUUCCACGCACCCCUCCAGCGCUCCCACCAUGCGCCCAGGAGCGCCAGUCUCUGCUGCAGAACAAGGGUGCUCUGCCUCCCGGCUCUCCGCCGAUGCCGAUUAUUGACAAUGUCUUCAGCUUGGCCCCCUACCGUGACUAUCUGGAUGUGCAGGCUCCCGAGGACUCGACUGAGCCUGACCUGGCCCCAGCCCCCAGUGAGAGCCCUGCCAAAGACUGUGGGGGGACCCUGCCAGCCCAGGAGGCCCCUUCAAAGGCUCCCUGCUCACUUAGAGAGGAGGUGGCCCUGGACUUAAGUGUGAAGAAGCCCUUGGCAGAGGCUCCUGUCCGGGUUCCUAGUCCCGAGGUGCGUGCCAGGACCACGGCAGCCCUGGAUGUGCCAGGUGUGGGGAACACAGUCUCGGAUCUGCCAGAGCUGGAAAAGAUAGUCACGGAAGCGCCAGGGCUGCCCGGGGUGCCGGCAGCCACCGAGGCCACCACCCCAAGGACCAACUUCCACAGCUCCGUGGCCUUCAUGUUCCGAAAAUUCAAGAUCCUCCGGCCAGCACCCCUGCCGGCAGCUGUGGCCCCAUCGGCGCCCACCCCAGCCACUGCGCCCGCCCAAGCUGUACCCACCCCCACCACCGUGCCCCUUGGUCUCCAGAUUCUCACGCAGCCCUUGCCCAUGGCCUGCUUCAACAUGGCGCUGCCCAGUCCUCCCGCUGUGGCCGUGGCCCCCACUCCCGCGCUGGCCCCCUCGCCUGCCCAGGCCCCAGCCCCGGCCCCGGCCCCGACUCCAGCCUCUCCUCCAGCCCAAGCGGACUCUCCAGAGCAACACUUCACGGGCCUGCACACAUCCUUGUGCGAUGCCAUCUCGGGCUCAGUGGCACACUCUCCGCCCGAGAAGCUGCGGGAGUGGCUGGAGACGGCGGGGCCCUGGGGCCGGGCGGCGUGGCAGGACUGCCAGGCUGUGCAGGGGCUGCUGGGCAAGCUGCUGUCACAGCUGCAGAGCUUCGUGUGCACGCAGCAGUGCCCCUUCCCCCACGUGGUGCGCGCCGGCGCCAUCUUUGUGCCCAUCCACCUGGUGAAGGAACGCCUCUUCCCCCGGCUGCCGCCCGCCUCCGUGGACCAUGUGCUGCAGGAGCACCGCGUGGAGCUGCGACCCACCACGCUGUCCGAGGAGCGCGCGCUGCGUGAGCGGGCCCUGCACGGCUGCACCUCGCGCAUGCUCAAGCUGCUGGCUCUGCGCCAGCUGCCUGACAUCUACCCCGACCUGCUGGGCCUGCAGUGGCGGGACUGUGUCCGCCGCCAGCUGGGUGAGCAUGGGGCGGCCCCAGUAGCCACCGGAGCUGUGUGAACGAACGAGUGACAGGUAACUUUGACACUGAGGCUGGAUCUGUGCCCUCCUCAGAACCCACCAUGGCCAGAGAUGAGCCGGAGAGCCUAGCCCUGGCCUGGAAGUCACCUGUCCCCAAGGCCAGGAAGCCAGGGAGGAAGCCACCAACCCCUGGCCCAGAGAAAGCAGAGGCAACCGCUGGGGAAGGGUCCCACGGUACCUCCCCUACCCCUGCUGCCAGCACCAGACCCCCCGGCCCCACACUAAGGGCCCGCUUCCGCAGCCUGCUGGAAACUGCUUGGCUCAGUGGCCUAGCACUGCCCACUUGGGGCCAUAAGGCCUCAGGGCCGGAUCGGUCUGUGCCCCACCCACAGGUGCUGGGUGGCCAAAGCCAUCAUCUGUAGCCUUGGUGGCUGUUUGGACAGCUGCUGUGUGGGGGUCACUGUCUGGACCCCAACCUUUUGUAAGGCCAGCUGCCCAGGGCCAGGAGUGGACAUGCCAUUGGAGCUUCUCCUGCUCUGCUGCCCCCCACCCCCACCCCGUAGUGGGCUGAGAGCCCCUGAACUUUUUACUUGAGGGCCUUUUUUAUUAGAAAGGACUACUUCCUGUUUCUUCCUUAGAGAAAAUGUGUGGGCUUUGGAGCUCAACAGACUUGGGCUUGAAUCCUUGGGUUCCUGUGUUCUUGCUGUGUAACCAGGCAAGUCACUUCCUCCCUUGAGCCCUCAGUUCCCAGUUUGUAAGAUAGGACAACGCAGCCUACCUCACAGGGUUGUUGUGGGGGUGAUGCCUGACACACACCCAUUAAGGUUUGCUCUCUGCUCCCUCCCCAGGACGGGGGCCUAGAUCCCAGCCAGGGCCUAGAAUAGGAGGCUAAGGCAAGUAGAACCUUCUAGAAAGUCUUUUUGUGUCAUAGGACUUGGUUAUUUAGGGUGAUACAGUGUACAGUGCGUAUGACUUACACUUUCUAGAGUCAUUUCCCAGGAAAGCCUGGGGCUAUGCCCUAAAGUCUGGGGUUGGGCCCUGACCCUCCCCAGCCUGGAAGCUCUCUGGGGAGCCUGCUCCUUCCUCCCUUCACUACAGGGGGUGCCCAGAUACAGCCUGGGGCUGACAUCCUUGUUCUGGGCCUGCUGCUUUCACCUCUGGGAGGCCCCAGGCCUGUCCUGAAUUGACACCAGUAACUUCCUGGAGCUGCCUUGUCCCCCUGGUGCAUCUUCCUGAGAAAGUGGUAUAUUUGCUAGAAGCCAAGCAGCUGCAGGGACUCAGGGACUAGACAAGACAGGCUGAAUGACAGCUGGAUCCUGGGAGGUCUUCGAAGAUACGGACUGGGGACCAGAGCCCCGUCAGUCACGCCUGCUAUGAGUGACCUCCUCACAGAGUACUAAACUGAAGCAGACGCUGGCAAGCUGGGCCCUUGGCCUGGCUAAGGUUUGUAAGAAGGCUGUGGGCCCAGGAGGCAGGCCAUUAAACAUU